AUGGUGGUGCAAAAGAAUUGGAAUAACGUCGAUACAUCGCAACAGAAUCCUGCUACAGAAAACUCUAAUGGUACAUGGAGCUUUCAGGCACCAGUUAAAACAUUGAAUACUCGUUCUAAUACACCUAACAAUAUGCAUGCGAAACAGCCAGUAACAAGGCAGAUUGCCAUAAACACACUGGCAGCUAUGCACAGAAGGUUCAGUCUGCCUGGACCAGUACAGCCACACUCCAGACCCAUAGCUGAGUUCAGGGCCAGCGCCAAUAAGUCUUUGGAUAUGUUAAGGCAAACUAUACAAUCAGCAGUCACAAGGGAAAUAGACCAAGUUAUCAAGAAAUAUUUAGAGAAAUUCUUUGUGCCGGCAGUAAAUAAUAUAAGACUCAAUUUGGGAGAUGAGUCCGUUAGUGAAGAUCAGGUGAGAGCAGUUUGCCGAGCAAUGCUUGAUGCUACAAGACUACUGUAUACAACACCGCCAAGGCCUGCUCAGUCCCCUUAUGAAAACAGUGAUUCGGAAUCUAGUAAUAGUGUUGAUCCUAAACUUGUCAAGCAAAAUUUACAGAGUCCAUGCCAAAAGCGAAAGGAGUCAGACAAUGAUAUGGACAUAAUUAAAAGGAAGAAGAUAAAACAGGAGGACACCACAGACAGUGCAUCUUCAUCUCCAUUGCCAUCUCCUGCUAUUAGGGACCCUGAGAAGUGGAACCCUGCAAGAUUGACUCAAGAAACUCUGUUUAUUAUGGGAUCCCAUGCUCACAAAGUGCUUGGUCUUGGUAACUCUCGUGGUCGGUUGUACACCAGGCAUGCUGGUUUACUCCGAUAUCCAGCUGACUCGUCAGACAAGGAAUGGAUUGCUAGUCACAACCUUGUUAAUGCUGUGGGAGGGAAGACCUAUAUUAUGGUCCUAGAAGACAUUGAAGAACUUGCAAACAGUGAUGCUUAUAAACACAACUCACUACCCAUGUUAGGAGAACUGACCGGCUUCAAAGUACCUCUCUUCAUGUUGAGGAAAAUAAAGGCCUAUGUUCAUAAACGAGCCCUCAGUGGUGACAUCAGCAAUGCCAACAGCCCUCAACCAUGCUCAAGCAGUAUGCCAGAAGAAGAUAAAUACAAAAUAGAAGAUAUCAAAGUUGAACCUAAUCAUGAUAACUUCGACAGCAAUAGUUUUGAUGCGAGCCAGUAUAUUGGCAAUGGGGAAAACAGUAGGGACUUCUCAGAUGUUCCUAUGAUGAAGGAAGAUACAGAUUUCGCUGAUAUCAAAGUUGAAGAUAUUGAUGACAUGAAAGUUGGUGGGAUAAAGGUCGAAGAUUUAGACGAAAUUAAAAUGGAGGAAAUGAAGGAUGAGGAUGUAGUUGAUCUGAAUAAUAUUAAAGUUGAGAACAUGGAUGAUCUUGACGUGGAUGCUAUGAAAGUCGAAGACAUAAAGUUGGAGAAUGAUGAUGCCUUCUCUCUCUGUAAAGAUGGUGAGGAUUCCCAGAAUCAUUUGGUCGAUGGAUUGUUGGAAUCUGAUAUUGAGUUCCUGAGCCGAAACUUGGGAGAUAUUGAGAGUGAUGCUGAUGCAAGGAAAACUAUAGAGAAGUUGACAGGCGCUAAUCCUGAUACUAUUACGUUGGUUGGGGACGAGUUUGAUUUGGGAACUACCUUGAAUACUAAUUUUUCCGUGAACCAGACAAAGUGCAUCACGGUAGCCUCAACUACCAGUGGCAUGGUGCACAGUGUCCCAGUAGCUCAUUUGGCAGCGCCGCCGCGCAUCACCGGCAGCACUGUGCACUACUACACCAGUUCCAACCUCCCACCCACUGGUCAACGGACCGUCCACCAUCUACCACAAGCCACAGUUACCAUACAGAACAUUCCUGGAACUAAUUCACAAGUUAUUCGAGGUAUACCAAUCAACACCAAAACGGGAGCGUUCAGCACAGUCAUGUCACAAGGAACAGCGAGUACAAUCAUUGGCUUUGGCACUCGUUCCUCCAACGCCACAAUCAUCGGUACUCCGCAGUAUGUCAAUGUGAAUUCGAAGUCGUUCCCAACUGGUAACAUACUACACAACGCGAUUGUGUCAAGGAACAUAAUCAAUCGGAGUAAUCUGUCUGCGCCAGCUUCAAGCGCGACCUUCAAUGUGACUGCGGUGAGACCAGUCCUACACACAUCCACGCCAAAGAUAAGUACAGUUGUCACAGCAAGUUCCAGUGACUUCGAUAGUAUUUCCACUACUAAAGAUAUGAUCGACAAUGCCUGCAAUUCAUCUGUAAUGUUGAAGAAAGUACUCACUUUAGGCAGUGCGGGCGCUGCCAAGUCUUUUAUGAUGCACAAUACGCAGAAGGUAUUGUCCACUGGGUUCGCGAACGGUGUUACACCACCUCCAAACGUUACGAUCGUCAGUUCAGGCACCAGUGGUGGUCUGCUAAACAAUAAUAAUGUAGUAGGACAUUCCUCCAGCAACAUUGUAAGUCCAACAUCUGGUACGUUAAGUGCCACGCAUGCUACUCUAUCAGCUUUGUUGGCCUCAAGCGCUGAAAAUGCUCCUAAAAAUAAGAAAUAA